GAAGAGGUAGACGGAGAUGAAGAAGAACAAUAAAAGCAAAGGAAAACGAGGAAGAAGAUUUGAAAUGAUGGAGCAUCUUCAGUGUGCGUUCCGUCUGUCUUGUCCCUCUUCUCUUCCCUUACCGACUGUGUGCUAAUCACAUGACCAGGCAGGGCUGCUGCUGUUGCAGCUGGUGUUGUCGAGCUGUCAGACAGAAUACUAACUGUCAACCACGCAGUUAUUAUUGGAUUAAUAUUGUCCCAGGACUUUUCUCUGGCGCAAUGGAGCUACUAUGGGGUGUUUUGCACACCCCGUGACAUGUGGACCGCAGCGAGAAUCUCCCACCUUGCAUCUCCUCAGCAACACAGUCGACCGCUGUCAUGGCCUCCAGUUAUCCACCCCCCUUUGAGGGCACAGGUGAAGUGAAGGAGGGCUUUCUUUGCCCACUGUGCCUAAAGGAUCUUCAGUCAUUCUACCAACUCCAAGAUCACUAUGAAGAGGAGCACUCUGGGGAUGACCGCCAUUUUGGGGGGCAGCUCAAAAGUUUGGUCCAGAAGGCAAAGAAAGCCAAAGACAAGCUGUUGAAGAGGGAUGGAGAUGACAGACCGGAUACAGGCACUUAUGAGUCCUUCUACGAUCCCUACAUGUGGGAGCCUCAGGAACUGGGAGCGACCCGAAGUCACCUGGACUUCUUUAAAAAGCACCGGGCAGCCAGGAUAGAUCACUAUGUCAUUGAGGUCAACAAGCUCAUCAUUAGACUGGAAAAGUUGACGUCGUUUGACAGGGUCAACUCCGAUGCCGCCAAAAUCAGAGCCAUUGAGAAGUCGGUGGUGUCAUGGGUGAAUGACUCAGAUGUCCCGUUCUGUCCUGACUGCGGAAACAAGUUCAACAUCCGGAACAGGCGGCACCACUGUCGUCUCUGUGGGUCCAUCAUGUGUAGGAAGUGCAUGGACUUUGUCCCUUUACCUUUGGCUCAAAAGCUGAUCAAUGGGACCCGAGAGGCCCUGUGUGUACCCGGAAGCCCCCUUCAGUCCCAGUCUCCCCCAGCAGGAGGUGGCAGCGGCAGUGGGAUGGGCUCCAGGAGAGGCAGCAUCAGCAGCCUGAGCAGCGUCACCUCCAUGUUGGAGGAAAAGGACGACGAGAAGAUUCGCUGCUGUCACCACUGCAUGGACACGCUGCUGAAGAGACAGCAGAAGUUGGAGGAGAAGGACCACAUGCCGGAUGUGGUGAAACUUUACGAGAGGCUGAGGAUGUGCAUGGAGAAGGUGGAUGAAAAGGCUCCAGAAUACAUCAGAAUGGCCGAGUCACUCAAUGCCGGAGAAACCACCUACAAUCUCGACACUGCUGCUGGACUGAGACUGGAAGUGCAGAAAUACUACGAACUAAUCGAUGCCCUGAGCAAGAAGAUUUUAACACUAAAAGCAAAAGAUGAUCCGCCACCACAUCCGAAGGCCCUCCAGCUGCAGAGGAUGAUCCGUUACACGGCCACGCUAUUUGUCCAGGAGAAGUUGUUAGGUCUCAUGUCUUUACCCACUAAGGAUAAAUAUGAAGAGCUGAAAGAAAAGAGGAAACAGGAACAAGAGAAGAGACUCCAACAAGAGAGACUGGCAACCCAGGAGACCCUGAAGAGGAGGCAGGAGUAUGAGAAAAACCGCCCCCCUCCCAGUACUAACGGAGAGCUGCCGCAGGCCCCCAGAGCUCCACGCAUGACCAAAGCUGGUGGUUGGCUGCCCUCCGCAGACUCCGUCCAUACACGCAGCGAGCACGAGGACCCCCUCCUGCAGCAGAUCCAGAACAUACAGUCAUUCCUUCGCCAGGCACGAGAGGCCCAGAGGGCAGACGAGGUGGCCAUGUUGGAGGAGAACUUGCGUCAGCUGCAGGAUGAAUACGACCAGCAGCAGACCAGCCUGGCCAUCGUGCUCUCUCAGAAGCUGGCCGAGGAGGAGAGCAUGCAGCAGGGAGAGCUCAAUCGUCUGGAAGCCCGGGAGAGGGAGGAUAGGGAGCGAUGGGGCCCCGCCGUGGGCUCCACCCAGCCUUCCUUCACCUGGGAGAGGUCUCUGGAUAUCAGUGCAGCAGGGGGCUUCCAAGGAGAGGAAGACGCUGAAGCAGAGGAACUGACUCCGAAAGCUGAGAGGAGUCCAUCCUCUGUAAGAGCAUUCCCUGCUCUCACAAGCCAGGAGGAGUCACCUCCCAGGCUGAGGAGCUUAGGGGGGCAGGUAACCCCCCCUGGUGGUGAAGGACAGAACAGCACUUCCCUCAACCCUUUCGAUGAGGAGGACUCUACUCCCAUUGAGGAAGAUCCAUCCAAUCCCUUCUUUGAGGACAUAAAGAGGGAGCACAAAGAGGUAACCAAUGGGAAGAAAGAAUACAACCCAUUCGAUGAAGAUGAAGAGGUCGAGGAGGACAAACAGGCUGAGACCGCACCUGGCAACCCGUUCGAGGAGGAUGAGGAUACUGACACAGGUAACCCUUUCCUGGAGGCCUCUGGGAACUCUCCAGAAGUCUCGACCAACCCCUUCGAUGGAGACGAUGACGAUGAGGUCCUGCCAGACGUGGACAUGAUAGAGGAGGAGCUGCUGCUGCAGCAGAUUGACAACAUUAGGGCCUACAUUUUUGAUGCCAAGCUCAGCGGCCGUCUUGACGAGGUGGAGCUCCUGUCAGAGAACCUCCGAGAGCUACAGCACACCCUACAGGAACAGAAGAAAAAGAAGCACUGACACCUUCCCCCGAUUACCUGCUACUUACCAAGUCCUGCAAGGCUAGCUCACUUUACAUGACUCAUGAGCCCACUGAUUGUAGUGUGGGUGAGGUCUGCUGCACCACUAAAAGAUUAGAUUAGUCCCAAAAUUAAAUACAUAUGUAGAGCUCAGUAGCCUGGAGUGACUCCCUUAAUUUCCACACAUACUUUUAACCACUUAUCCUGUACAGGGUCGCAGAGGGCUGGAGCCUUUCCCAGCAUGCACAGUUUUUAAGUACUGCAAGUAAAAACACAUUUGUACAGGCAUGUUGCUGAAGAUACUAACCCUGUUGUAUCGGGGCAAACAUGAACUAUGGAAGACAGAAGAAUGACAUUUAAACAUUUUUUUAUGGGACAGCCAGAUGGUUGAGUUGAGUGUGGCUGUGGAAGUCAGGAUGUAUGAUUUGGCUCUCUGGUAGAAGCUGUGAACAAAGUCAAAAUGUAAUUGUGGCCACAAAUGGGAAGCGAUUUGAUGCCUGUCUCAAAAUGUAUCGUUAAAACACUUUCAAUAUUUGCAGUAGUACUCUCUAAGAUCUUUAAGACUUGGAUGUUUAAAAUCAGUGGAGUUCCCUUUUAGUUCCACUGAUAUUAGUGCCAUCUUGUUUUAGCUACAACUUUAUUUGUGUUAACUGCAGCUCCUGUUGUUCAUUGAAGCAAAGCCAAAGAACCAAACCAUGCAUCGCUGUUCUAACUGCGCCAUGACAAAUUAUGAAAACCCUCCGAUGAUUUAAUGACACACAAAUGAAAUUAAAAUGUUAUGACCAUAUUUGGGCAGCCUAGUGUUUGAAGGAAACUGAUCAUUAAAUAGUACCAUAUUAAUCACAGGCUUAAAGGAAUACUUCACCUACAAAAUGCCAGUUUGUGUUUUAAUCAGUCGUGCUGUGUUACCCUGAAUUUGUGAGGAAGUUUUUUUUCUCGCGUGCCUCCACGGAAAAUGGAUUUAUUGAUUGAUAUAUCAAACCACCUGUUACGAACUCUCACGCAAAUCAUUUAUCCAGUCGUAUGCGCAGUACUCACCAAACGUGCAUUUUGCUAAAACCUUACUAGAUAAAACUGUACUGAACUCUCUUUAAAGCCAGACUUCAAUACUGAAGUUUUUUUUUUCUUUUUUUUCUAAACAAAAAUGCAUGUGUCUGGGAUAUACUGAGCAUACUACUUGAUAACGGAGACUUGGAUAGUACUGCAUGAGUGUUGUGAAGAUACUGGAAUUUCUAAUUCAGAUACAAUACCUUAAAAUAUUGGUAUUAGAUACAAUUUUCGACACCACAGGGAAAAAUUGACCCAUGAAAUAAUUAUAAUGAGGCUAUAAAAUGACAAUGACUACUUCUCCUUUCUUGAUUAGGACUGUACUUACCAUUGGACUGUGUUAAAAAUUAACAGUAUUUAAAACAUUUUUUUUACAUUACUGAAAACAGUAUUCUCCGUAGGGCCGUACCCGACUCAGAAUUAUGCCAAUUGAACCCUAUGUGGCUGAUAAAAACAAAUAUUUGACUAUUUGUCGCAGGUUUUUUUUCCAUUACAGUUUAAGUGUAUGAACCGGGUUCAGCAGGACGUUUAGUGUGACAGUGACAUUUAUGGAAUAUAGUAAACAAGCUAACUGUGCUAACGAGGGAUUGAAUAUAUGCAACAACUUAUUUUUCUGACACUUGAUAUCAAACAAGAGUCAGAGACUUUAUCGUAUUCAGUUGCUGUGAGCUGUAAAUUCACUUCUUUGCAGAAGUCAGAAGUUAAUGUUAUCUCAUAGUCUCCCUCUGUGUCUGCAGCUGCCUUUACAGAAGAGCAGCGAGUGAUAGAGAGAAGUCGGGGCUAUAGGGGCACUGCACUCAUGUGUCACCUCGCUAUUGGAGAGAAGAGAGAGCAAGAAAAUAAUAUCGCUUGGAUUGAUACUGAGGAAAAUGAGUAUUGAAACAGUUUAAAAUAUUUAGGAAAGACGUAUCGACUAAUCGAUAUUUCUGAUGACAGUAACGGGUUGUGUUAGAGUUUGCAAAUUGAGGUUUUGCUGUGUUGAACAUGGUCCCCAGUCAGUCAAUAUGUUCGUGUUUUCUGCGGAGGCAUGCAGGAAAAAUGAAGUUUUCUUCACAAAUUCACAAACAACACAUUAUGACUAACUAAUUUACAAAUGGUCAUUUUGUAAGUUAAGUAUUUCUUUAAAUUACUAAUUGCGUCACACUAGUCGUUGCAGAGCCUGUGACCACUAUGCCUCAUGAAUUUCUGAAGGAAAUUAAAGGCACAUUACACAGAAUCAAGCCAUUCUUGUUGCUCCUGUUAUGAAGGUGUCACUCAUCCUGACUAAUGACUUUAUCACAAGGAAAAGCAUUUAAUCCUUAAUCAUAUUAUAAAUAGCCACAUGUACAUCUGUGUAUGUCUGACCAGGAAUUGAAUAAGUAUUCGUUCUAACAGCUGUUAAUUUCUGUUUAGUUAAAGUCGAAUGUAAUUUUUUCUUCUGUCUGCAUGGUUUAGAUGAAAGUCUUACUCAAGCAGCUUUGGUUCACUAAUCAUUUGUUUGUGCGUCUCGUCUACGUCAUGUUGGACUUGGCAUGGUUGUAUUUCAGACUGUUAUUUUUGCCACAUGAAGCCAAGUGAACAAAACGUUUUCCACGUUCUUCAGUGCGACCCCUUUAAGGUUGUGAUCUUAUUGUUGACAGUGGCACUACUUUUCCAACUGAGCACUCGGGUUGCAUGAUUCUUGUGUCUGCUGUUUGACGCUGGCCUUUCUGUCGAGCUAGUGGCCGAGCUUGUCUUCCUGAUAAAAUCUCUCAACACAGUGCUGUCGGACAAGAUCUGUAUGUAAAGCAUGUUAUCCGUUCAGUAGUUUCAUCUAAAGAACUCCAUCAGACCAGCACUCGCUCAUGAACAUACUGAACGCUAUCUGCCAAGGCACAUCGUAGGCAACUUCAAGUCCCAGUAUGUACAGACAUUUACCACAUUUGUAAAGAUCAACUAAAUUCUUAGGUCAACACAACAUUUGAGACACGUUAAGUUUUUGUCAGAUACAUUAACACUACAUGAACGCCAGCAAGUAUUAUCACUCACAGUGCUGCUAAGUCCUUACAUGAACUUGUCAUAGUGCUUUCCUGUAAGUCAGAACGUCUUCAUAGACAGUAACAGUGUUUUGUAUUGUCAGUUGCUUAUCUGUGAUGCACACAGAGGAUUUUAAAGCAAAACGUGUGACACUGUAAAUGUUUUGUGACAGUGUGAAUAACUCGAGGAGCUUCUUCAUGUACGUUAGCAGUUGAUUUUAGCUCAUUUGGUAAAAACAUUUUAAACACAGACAUCGAUUUAUUAAUGUUACGAAAUUCCAUCUCAGCACCAAUAAAAAAAAAAGUUGUCUCUGUAAAA